AUGCCUCCGCAAGGAAAACGCAGCUUUAAGCUGCUGGCCAAAAGGGUCACGCCCACGAUGAAACAAAAGCAGGGCAGAACCAACAAAAUCAUCAAGGCAGAUGCACUCAAAUGGAAGCCAGUUGACAUUCCAGACCACAUGGAAGACUACGGUGGUUUGUUUGGCAUUGAAGAGCUUGAGGGCGUUGAUGUUAAGAUGGUGAACGGUAAGGCCGAGUUUGUUUCUAGAGAGAGUGAUUUGGAGGCUUCCGAUGACGAGUUUUUGGGUUUCGAUGAGCCGAAGAAGAAGAAACAGAAGAAGAAUAAGCAGGAACUGAAGGAUGAGCUGGAAGAGGAAGUCAAGGAUGGCGAAUCUGAAGAAAAAGCCACUGAAAUGAGCCCCCAGGAUGAAAAGAAAGCCAAGCAGAAGGAGAAGAACAAGGCGAAGCUCAAGGAAAAGAAAGAGAAACAGAAACAGAAAAAGCUCGAGGCCAAGGAAGCCAGAGAAAAAGCUCUUGAAGACAAUGACGACAAUGAUGGAAAUCUCAGUGCCAACGCAUUUGCUGGUUUGGACAUUCCCCUUCCAGAUGACGAUAUCGAUUUGCCCAACUGGAACUCGGUUUCUCUCAGUCCGUAUCUUCUAAACGGUCUCCAGCUGCUUGGCUUCAAAACCCCAACGGCGAUUCAGAAAUCGGCCAUUCCUUUGGCUAUAGAAGGCAAAGACGUCAUUGGUAAAGCUACAACCGGCUCCGGUAAGACCCUAGCUUAUGGUCUUCCUAUUCUCGAAAGACAUAUCCAAAAGUUGAACGAAAUCAAGGAAACCCGUGCCAAAGAAGAAAUCCCACCUCCUUCUGGUAUAAUCUUUGCACCCACCAGAGAAUUGGCACACCAAGUUGUUGAUCACUUGAACAGAAUCUCAAAGUACGCUCCACUUUCACAGCAUGGUAUUGUUUCUAUUACUGGUGGUCUUUCUAUCCAGAAACAAGAGCGUAUGUUGGAAUACGGCCCUAGUAUCAUUGUGGCCACCCCAGGUCGUCUUUUGGAACUUAUAGAGAAAAACUCCGACUUGGCUGCUAGACUCGGUGCUACUGAUACCGUUGUCCUCGAUGAAGCUGAUAGAUUGUUGCAGGACGGACACUUUGAGGAGUUUGAAAAGAUUCUUGAGCUCUUCAUUAAAGGCAGAGAUAGCAAGAAGUAUGGUUACAAAUGGCAGACCUUGGUUUUCUCUGCCACUUUUUCCAAGGACCUUUUCGGUAAGCUCGACAAGAAGGGCAAGCAGAAGGAGAAAAAAGCUUACAGUGGAGGCCUUAUCGGCAACACCGAGAUUCUCGAACUUUUAUCCAAAAAGCUUCGAUUCAAGGAUCCCAAGCCAUCACUUUGUGAUGCCAACCCUAAGGAAAUCGUUUCUGGUCAAGUCACAGAAGCUCUUGUUGAGUGCGGUGCAGCAGAAAGAGACCUUUUCUUGUACUACUUUUUGCUCAUGUACCCUGGAUCCACGCUUGUCUUUGCAAAUGCUGUGGACUCCGUCAAGAGACUUGUUCCUUUCCUUGAAAACCUCAAAAUCCCAGCAUUCUCCAUCCACUCGUCGAUGGUUCAAAAACAGAGAUUGCGUGCUCUUGAACGCUUCAAGGCCUCCACGGAGAAUAACAAAACAUCUGUGCUUAUAGCCUCCGAUGUGGCAGCAAGAGGUUUGGAUAUUCCCCAUAUCGACCAUGUGGCUCACUACCAUUUGCCCAGAUCUGCUGAUGUGUACAUUCAUCGUUCGGGUAGAACUGCCAGAGCCGGUGAAGAAGGUGUUUCUGUCAUGUUUUGCUCUCCACAAGAGGCCUCGGGACCUUUCAGAAAGUUGAGAAACCUCGUGGCUGCAAGUGCUGAAAAACACUCCAAGGUUUCUGGGAAAGGAGACCUCAAGAUGUUGGACAUUGACUACGACCUUGUUACUCAGCUUAGAGAGCGGGUUCGUAUUGCAUCCAAAUUGGCAGAUUCGUCUAUUGCAUCUACAGCAACAAGAAAAGAGUCGUCAUGGGUCAAACAGGCUGCUGAGGAUUUGGGAAUUGAGGACCUUGAUGGUAUUGAAGAUUUCGAGGAUGAUGUGAUUAAAAAGCAAAAGAAGAGAAAUGACGGCAAGAAGCUCACGAAUGAGGAGGCCAAGAUCGAAAAAGCCAAGCUCAGAGAGCUUCUCAAUGUUCCUCUUCGGAAGAACCACAGAAGAUCAUACCUCACCAGUGGACUUGAAAACUUGGCACACCAGAUCGUUUCAGGUAAAACAUCAGAAACCGUUCUUGGUAGAGAAGCCGUGAAGGCCUUGGACGAGCUCAAGGGCCAAAAAAAGAACAAAAAGAACAGAAAAUAA